AUGGAAAUAGGUACCAAUGAGCUCACACGGCCGUUUCGAAUACCGCGACGAAAGGCGAACGAGGACAAAGCUGUGGACGGCUUGUCGGAGAAGGAUGCUGUACUGCAGGCAAAGCGACGUCGUUUGGGGAAUCCAUCGGAUUUACGUUCGCCACUUGCCUCGACAUCUGCAGUUCGCAAAAAUGAUUCAGCAUUUUCCAGUCGCAUUGUACCACCAACUAAGAAAAAGCCUGCGCAGUCACAGGAGCACCAACAACCCUCCGCUCAUUCAAAGAAACCAAAACCCGGGGAACUAUUCGACAGAAUUCUCGAUUCCAUGGUAAAUCCUCCAAAAGACCGGAGGAAAGAUACACCGCAAGAUGAAGUCGACGAAGCGGGUCCAAGCGGUAUAACAACUAACGCUAAUACGAACCAGUCAAAACCUCGCACCUUUACACUGACACGCGAGGAUUUGGAACGCCGCCUGGAUGAUAAUUCAGCAUGUUACGUUUUUAUGCAACGCGAGAACUUAAUGGAUCGCCUACUUGGACACAAAAUGCUCACCGGUCGCGUUGAUUCCUACACGGCUCUUGGGUUUUCGCUCGAUACAAAAGACAAUUCGCUACCGAAAAGUCAUAAUAACGAGCGAAAGGGUCCGAAAACACCACCUGGAUCACCGGGACACGACGCUAACUCAUCGAUGCUUUCCUCACGAGGCGUUGGUUCCGCAUCACCGACCAGUCCGCCACCUCCACCUCCCAAUGAUGGUGCAACUUUUCAUUCGGCAGAGGAUAAUAAACUGAAAGUGGAUGAGUCGCCUGAUUUAUUAGCUGAAAUGGCUGAACUUACAAAACUCCCACAUACUAAGCUAGCCGAGUGCUUAGGCGAAGAACUACAAAAAGCGAUGAAACAGGUUGACCACAAAGUUUUAUUGGAAACACUGAAAGAUGCAUUGCAGAAAGUCGGCGAGAAAAUCAUUGCUCCCCAGCGAAAUGAGCAAACGGUUGGUUCGGAAAAUGCAAAGGAGGACAUGCGCACACAUCCGGUGGAAAUGGAUCUGGAAAGUAAAAAAUCCGUGAGCACCAACGAGGCAUUACUACCACCGCCACCGCCGGCACCGCGAACACCCCCACCAGUGAAUUUGGCAGCAGCAGCUGCUGCUGCUGCUCCUUUGCCGGCUGGGCUUACAACAGCCAUGCCGCCCGCUAGUAUUCUGCCGACGCCACCACCUCCUCCACCUCUGGUGAUGCUACACCAUCCGGGCAACGCAGCCCAUCUCCUGGUCGACCCCUCAACAACAGCAGCAGCAGCAGCAAAUGCUGCGGUCUUUUCAUAUUUUCCACCUCCACCCUCUCAGCUUGCCUCCGAGCGGGCUAAGGUGCCAGCAGCACCCAUCAUGUUCCCCGGCAUCCCAUACACCGCAAAACUCGGAGGAGCUGCUCCAGCACCACCUUUGCCGCCGCCGCCAUCAGCUCCACCCGUUAUUGCGCCCAAACCGACACCUCAAACGCCAGGCAUGAUGAAACCAGUGCUGAAUAUUCCACGUUACGGGUCUUCAGCUCCUCCCGCCCCGUAUGCUGCUGCCGUCAGCACCAGUCAGCCGCCGGCAACGUUCCCAAUGCAGCCAGGAUCAUCGUCCUCACAGCCACUGUCAAUUCCUGCAGUUGCGGUACCCUGUUCUCAGUAUGCUGCAACUUCAGCUGCACCAAGCAAACCAUAUAACUCAGCAGCUAGUACAGCCGAGGCUGGCGCAUCUUGCUUGAAUUCUCAUAACAUAAACAAUUUGCAACCCCCCGUUGCACUUCACCCUUAUGCAAAUGCAACGAACUACAACAUCAUGGGCGCAUCAGGCUCCUAUCAGAUGGCUAGCACCUCAAGCACGAUUGCAUCAGCAGGCUGUGGCACCUUUUCGACAGUAUCUGACUCACCUGUUAAGCAUCAUUAUCAACAACAGCAGCAGCAACAACAACAACAACAACAGCAGCAGCAACAGCGUGUGCCGAUGGUAAACCUAUACAGUGAUCGAGCGCAGCAGCAACAGCAGCGAGAUCCUAGUGUUUAUUCGGGCGAUAGCUACUGUCCUCAGCGUGCUGGCGUUUUCGAAUCAAUAACUGCCCAGAAUUCAACCGAUUUUCCUCAUCAGCCACAACAACAGGCAGUCAAUGUGAAGCAGUUGCCGAGUGAUCCCGAAUCAGCGAAACCGCCAGGGAUGAUGGCAUUCUCUAGUACGCGGCAGCCAGACGAAAGUUAUCAGUCGUCUGAUUACUUCCGUCCUCCGCCACUUACUCGAUUUCCAGUUUCCAAGGAAUCCAGCCUGCAUCUCGGUCUUGAUCCAUCAUUACCGGCUUUAGUCAGUGGCGCUAAUUUCAACGGUGAGGCAAAUCCACAGAAGUUCAUUCCUCCUCUUAUGAUUAUGAAAAAAGAAACACCCCCUCCUAAUUAUGGCGUCGAACGGCCAGAACAUGUAGCGGUUGCCAGUUCGUCAACAGCCGAUUUUAAGCCGAGCGCGCCGGCAGUUUUCAAAAAUGCGGAUAUUUCUUUGAAUCCGUCGGUUUCCGUACCAUCAAGUCAAAAUGUCAUCAAAACGUUGCUUUCUGCACUUUCCAUACCCCAGAACAGCAAGGGUAGCGCUUACGGAGCAACAGAAGCAUCUACCGCAGCAGCAGCAGCAGCAGCGCCGGAAACGAAUGAUUCGGAACGAGAGGUUGAGUUUUGCUGGCCACCAUCGAAUAUGGAUGAACAGUGGAACGACGAACCUGGUCCAUCUUCAGUGGAGCAACCUGCCACGCAACAAACACAGAAACCAGUGGCGCCACGAAUGAUGUUCUUUGACCAGCCGGUAUUUCUUUAA